AAUCGACCGCUAGAGACUGGGUUCUAGUUAAUGAGCUUCUUAAUCCAACAUGGCGUCCGAUGGAGACUUGGCGGACGCCGAGCAAAGCGAACCAAAAUUUGUCCUGCAACCUACAUUAAACGAUAAACUUCGCGAAAUAGGACACCAAGCUGUAUGGUCUCUGUCCUCCUGUAAGCCAGGGUAUGGCGUUGAACAAUUAAGAGACGGAAAUCUCGAUACUUAUUGGCAAAGUGAUGGACCGCAACCACAUUUGGUGAAUAUAAAAUUUCGUCGCAAAACUCUUGUCCAAAACGUUUGUAUAUUCGUGGAUUACAAAUCAGAUGAAAGCUACACGCCAAGCAAGCUGUGCAUACGGGCGGGAAAUUGUUUAGAUAGUCUUAGACAAGUCGAUGUCAUUGAGUUGUUAGAUGAACCUAGCGGUUGGUUAGUUGUGCCGGUCGGUGGAAAGACAAAGUUACCAUUAAAGACUUUUAUGAUACAAAUUGCAGUGUUGACGAACCAUCAGAAUGGACGGGACACUCAUCUUCGGCAGAUCAAACUUCAUGCUCCACCAAAUGAAAUGGUUUCGCAGAAGAUGCCAAAUUACACAACAGUUGAAUUUUCGAUGUAUAGCACAAUUAGAUAGGGAAAACUAGCCGGGAUAUUUUACCGUAUAUCUGAGUUAAUGGCAUGAAUUUACAUUACAAUUUCACAUUCAAAAAGUUCAACUGUGGUUAGUUAAUUCAAGUAUAAACUAUCGGCAUUCAAGACAGAUUGUAAAGCUUUAUUUUGAAGGUCUAUAAAUAUUCAACCUUGGGAUUUUAA